CAAAGUACUGUUGACAUCUCUAACGAAAUAAGCCUCUCGUGAAAGAAAAAACUUUGUUAUGUGUCCCAAUAUAAGGUAGUUGAAAGGUUUGCUUCUCUUCGUAAUCAUCUUUUAGAGGAGGAGAAACAACAUGUCGAGGGAAAAUCUACACAGAAGAGAGAAUGCCAAGGCUCGCACUUCUAUGCGAGAAAAGCUGGUAGAGAAACAGAAAGCAACAGAUGAACAUGAGAGCAACUUUACGGCUGGUCGUGUUAAUGUGCGAGAGAGAUAUCUGCACCGCACUGGAAUAAGAGGGAGAAAGAGCUGGAUAUUCUAUGCUGUUUUGUACAUUCUAGCUCUCCUUGUAAUAGUCAAUAUUGUGAUGCUUGCCAUUUUGUAUCAUGUCUUGCAAAUGAACAAAGAUGGGAUGAAGUGCUUGUCAUUUUUUGAGAAUGAUGACAUUCGAUUUCAUUGUGAGAGUGACAUGGACUCAGUCAGUUUGUAUAAGAAUCAAGCUGGAACUUUUAAAGACCACAACUUGGUUAUUGACAGUGAUGACAAAAAGAUUAUAUUCCAUGGAGGGCCUACAACAGCAUCUGCACAAAUGCACGUAGGUGCAGAUAUGACUGAAAUCCAUGCUAAGCGUGGCUUCAGAUUUGUGGACCCUUAUGAAAAGAAGACCAUCCUGAACUUGAAUGGAAGUGUGUGGUAUGUUAAUCCAGCCUCCAUCAAUGCUUUCACGGUUGCUGGAGAUGCAUUGGUUACCCAUCGGGUUGUCAGUAAUGAGGACCAGAGUUUGACUUUGACCUCUGAACAGAGCAUUUCAGUGGAGGGACACGAAGGGCUAGUUUUGGAUGGAAAAAUGACUAACUUCAAUGCUGAUGAGGAUAUCGAAAUUUCCUCCGUCUUGGGUUCACAAGGAAAGGCUACGAUUACGUUUGAUGCAAGCAGUGGGGUCUAUGUGAAUGGAAGUGCACUAGACAUGCCGACUGCAGCCCCAGGCAGUUCUUCAGGGAAAUACAAGUUAUGUGCAUGUAUAAACACGGGCAAGCUUUAUCGUGUGGAAGUUUUGAACUCGACUUUCUCGACUUGUUCUACAGUGGAGAAUGUUUGUGGAUAAUGACAACAGUUGUUGUCUUGAAAAGAACUUCUCUUACUCUCGUUUAUUGACUAAAUUACGGUUAAUUUUGUAGGAGGUAAAAAAACUUGGUAAGAAUAUGUAGUUGGUUAAAGGAUGGUCUAAAUAGAGAGGGUAAAAUAUUGAUAUGAACUGCACAUGGCUCUCUAGUGGUGCUGCUUUUUAAACGGCUCGUUUCCGUGUUUGAGACGUUGGUUUCAGUAUACUGAAUAAUAGAUAUUGAAACACGUUGAAAGAAAACGCGAACGGCAAACGAUCAUCUACGAUCUGUAUGAUAGUUUUUUUCCUCCAACCUUAAAUAAUUCUCACAAAGAAGUAGAAAUUUUCUAAAUGUCCUCAUAUUUUUGCACCGACGCCCAAAAGGCAGGGAGAAAAAGCUUGUAAUUUCUAGCAGUUUGCCGUUUGCGUGAGGUUAUCUUAGAUAAUCUCUCUAAUGUUUUGUUACUGGUAAAUAUUUUAUACCUGGCUCGUAAAAUGCUGUUUUUCAGUAACGCUUGUAUUUUUCUAUGACGGAAUGAAAUUGGAGAAAUCUGCCAAGUCAUAGUCAGUUAAAGCAUGUAAAAUAGCUUAGCACCUAUUUAUUACCUGUACCCCCUAGGACGACGCUCUUGGCGGCUACAAAGUUAGUUUUGUGUGUGCUUUAAGCCAACCAGGAGCACAUUUGAUACGACUGGACCAGUCCUUAUUCAUCGAAGGAUCCUGCCUCCCACUCAUUUGCAGUCAAUUGGCAGUUAAUUUUGUAUAUUCGCUCCCAAAUCCUCCUCCGCUCCUGAGCAGAAAAAAAAUGAGUGGUAUUUAAGGUAACAUAGAUAGAUUUCUUAAAUGGGAAUUGGAGAAUGAAAAUAGUGGGAGGGGACUGUCGUUUUCCACCAUUUCUAUUUCUCUUCUUAUUUUUAGUAGUUUUAGGCUCACAAUUAUGAAAAUUUAGCCAAAACGUAGCUUUGUUCCUGUUCUGGAGUAGAGGGUUGUCCUGGGGUAUGGUCUCUCUUGACGAUGACUGUUUUGCUGCUGUGCUAAAGCAUAUUAUUACAAUGUCAAUUAGAGUGCUUCAACUUUGGGAUAACUGACUACUAUACAGACAGUUUUUUACUCGAGCAAGGCAUUUUUACAUCUUGUAAACAGAAGAAGAGCUUUUUAAAGUAUACUUUUCUAGUGUUGGCGACCGCGUAAGACCCUGGAGUUUUUUUACUUUGAUAAAAACAAUAAAGGUGUGGAAGUACGAA